CUACCCAUGAUUCGUUGCAAUCAGGUGCAAGGAUUUAUCGAAGCUUUUUUUUUUACGGUGAAUUUACCAACCAGCUAAUGUUACGGUUCUUCCAGACAGCGUUGGUUCUCCUCUUCACCACCACAGCUUUCAUAAAAGGUACCGAGGAUACAUCGUCAGAAUUUGUAAAUCUGGAGAAAGACAUUUUUGAUUGGCAGCAGAUGCAGUACCCGACCUACUUCUAUGAACAGUCAAGAACUGGAUACAAUACGUACUCAAUUAAAGAAUUUUCAUCCAAUAAGGAUAAAAUCGCUGAAUUUCUAAUAAAACUUGAGGCGAUAAAAACUGACAAGUUCUCAGCCAAUGGCAAAAUGAAUUAUAAGAUGACCAGAGAUAUGCUACAGAAGAAAUUAGACGGUUACCGAUGGCAUUUAUAUGGGGCAUUAACUCCGACAUCGUUUCUCGAACCGAACCCCUCUCCAAUUCUAGGGUUGUUUAACCUUGUUGGCGAUGAGCAAUCUGAGGAAAACCUCAAUACUAUCUUCAGAAUAACAGAUUCGAUUCCAGAUGUGAUAAAGCAAUACACGGAUUUAAUGAAACAGGCAAUAUUGCUAAACCGAACUCUACACAACGUAUCCAUGGUAAGAACCUACUUCCAUGUUCUUAUAACACGCAUCAUUACCAGAUGUUAUGGUUGCAUUCGUACUG